UUCAAUCCCAAACCCUAGACCUAAAUUUUAUUUCAAACAGCAAAUUCCCUUUGAUUUCUUCAAUUUAUACAAAUUUUCACAUCUCUGAUCAGAAUCGAAUUGGCGAUGGUCAGAGAGGAGGUCCAAUUGAACGCGGCGAAGCGCGCGUAUCGUAGCGCGAAGGCGGAGGGGAACCGACAAGAGGAGGCGCGGUGGGCGAAUGUGAUAGGUGACAUGUUGAAGAAUAGAGGAGAGUACGUGGAGGCUCUCAAGUGGUUUCGUAUCGACUACGAAGUUUCGAUCAAGUACUUGCCCGAAAAGCAGUUGUUGCCCACGUGUCAGUCUCUCGGUGAAGUAUAUUUACGCCUCGAGUACUUCAAGGACGCCUUGAUUUAUCAGAAAAAGCACUUGGAGCUUGCCAAGGAUACGGGUGAUCUCGUUGAGCAGCAAAGAGCUAGCACGCAACUUGGUCGUACAUACCAUGAAAUGUUUUUAAGAUCUGAAGAUGAUCACUACUCAGUUCGCAAUGCCAAAAAGUACUUCAAGUCUGCAAUGAAGUUGGCUCAGACUCUAAAGGAGAGCCCACCAAGUAAUAGAUCUUCUUUCCUUAAAGAAAAUAUUGAUGCACAUAACAAUAUUGGAAUGCUUGAAAUGGACCUUGAUAAUUUGGAAUCAGCCAAGAAAUUCCUUACCAGAGGAUUAGAGAUCUGCGAUGAAGAAGAGGUGAGUGAAGAUGAUGAUGGCAGAAGAAGGAUUCAUCACAACCUUGGAAAUGUUUAUAUGGAGCUGAGAAUGUGGGAUAAAUCUCGGGAACACAUUGAGAAGGACAUCAUAAUUUGUAAGAGAAUUGGACACUGCCAAGGGGAGGCAAAAGGGUAUAUUAAUCUUGGUGAGCUGCAUUACAGGGUUCAAAAGUAUGAGGAGGCCAUUCUUUGUUACCAUAAGGCACUUAAUCUGGCAAAAUCCAUGGAAGAUGAAGAUUCUUUGGUUAGCCAAAUUGAUCAAAAUAUUGAAACUGUAAAGAAAGCCAUGAAAGUGAUGGAUGAAUUGAAGAAUGAAGAGCAAAAUCUGAAGAAGCUAACAAGAAAUAUGGUCAGUGCAGAAGGCACAUCAGGUGAACGGAAGUGUCUGCUGCAGCAGAAUGCAUCCGUUGACCGUCUCAUUGAGAAAUCAAGCAUGAUCUUUGCUUGGCUGAAGCAUCGUGAGUUUGCAAAAAGGAAGAAAAGAAUAGCAAGCGAACUUUGUGACAAGGAAAAGCUUAGUGAUUCUUUUUUAGUUAUUGGAGAAUCAUACCAUAAGCUCAGAAAAUUCAAGAAAGCCAUUAAAUGGUACACAAAGAGUUGGGAAAUAUACAAGUCAAUUGGCAAUAUGGAGGGUCAAGCAUUGGCAAAAAUUAACAUCGGUGAUGUUUUGGACUGUGAUGGUGAUUGGGCAGGAGCACUUGAUGCUUUUGAAGAAGGCUAUAGGAUUGCUGUUGAAGCUAAUCUUCCUUCUGUUCAACUUUCUGCACUAGAGAAUAUGCACUAUAGUCACAUGAUAAGAUUUGACAAUGUUGAAGAGGCCAGGAGGUUGCAGCUUGCAAUUGAUAAGCUGAAAGAUUCAGAAACCACAAAUCUUGAAGCACAAGAAGUGGCAGGGGAUAUCUGCUCUGAGACUGACACAGAAGGGAAUGAUCACUUGUCGGAUGGUAGGUCUUCUGCAAGUUGCUCUCCAAAGAUGAGUAAAGCUGGUUCUGGUCAAUCAAAAUCUUUAGCUGGUGUAGAAGAGUUUAAAGAUGAUGUACCUCUAAUUUCAAUUCUUCAGUCCAGCAAAAGGUCAGCCAAAAUGAGAACAGCUUAUGUUCAGAAACAGAAUGUUACUAAAAAGCCAACUGAAGCCUCUCCAAAAAGUUUGUCUAAAUUAACUGAUAGUCAGCAGACAGGUGUUGGUCGGAAACGUGUUCGGGUAGUUCUUUCAGAUGAUGAAGGUGAAAUGCAUGAUGAUGUAGAAUGCAUGAAAGGAAGAUUUCACAAGAAUCUAGUUGAAGAUAUUGCUACUUCUGAUGAAACAGCGACUUCCAAAUGUGCUAACAAUUCUGGCAAUUGUAUUAAUGUUGAAGAAAGCACAUGUUCGUACAAAUAUAUGAGUCCUAAACCAGCCACUCCAAAUGCAAAUGCCAUUAGAUGCUCCGCAGAAGUUCCUUCCGAGUCUAAUUUUGCUACUAGUGUUUCCAAAGAUGAUAUUGAUGUCUCAAGGAACAUACUGCAUAAACACAGGUCAUCAUGCUUAAAAAUUGACAAUGAUUUGAUACAUUUGGAAGCUCGUUCAUUAAUUGAUGGUGACAACUUUAACUUUGAGUAAUUGAAGGUUGAACUGGCAUGCUUAUACUAUCUGCAACUCCCUAUAGAGAAGAGAUCUAAAGGUCUGUUGCCCAUAAUUCAGCAUAUUAAAUGUGAUGAAAGAGCUCUAGAAUCCUUGGAAGCAUUUGAAACUCUCAAGGAUCAUCUGGGAAAACAUUUGGUUGAAGUCCUUAUUGAUGGGUGGGUUCAAAAGCGCUUGAUGAAGCUGUACAUUGACUGCUGCAAGGAGAUAUCUGAGGCACCCAAUAUGAAGCUGCUUAAAAAACUAUACAUCUCGGAGGUAGAGGAUGAAGUCAUAGUGUCUGAAUGUGAAUUGCAAGACAUCUCAAUAACUCCAUUGUUGAAUGCCCUGCACACCCACAAAGCUGUUGCCAUGCUAGACCUUUCUCACAAUUUGUUAGGAAACGGAACAAUGGAGAAACUUCAACAAUUUUUCUCAUCUUCUGGCCAAAAAUACGGCGACUUAACUUUAGAUUUGCAUUGCAAUCGUUUUGGUCCAACAGCUUUAUUUCAGAUUUGUGAAUGUCCUGUGCUAUUCACCCGACUGGGAGUGCUUAAUCUCUCUGGAAAUCGCCUUACUGAUGCAUGUGGAUCUUACCUUUCAACAAUCUUGGAAAAUUGCAAAGCCCUGUACAGCCUGAAUAUAGAACACUGUUCUAUCACAUCUAGAACAAUCCAAAAGGUUGCUGAUGCACUCAGUGCUGAAUCUAUACUCGCCCAGCUCUGUAUAGGAAACAACCACCCUGUAACUGGGAAUGCUAUCAUUAAUUUAUUGUCCAAACUUGCUCUUUUGAAAAGUUUUUCGGAGCUGAAUCUAAAUGGUUUGAAGCUCAGCAAGCCUGUUGUCAAUAGCCUUUGCCAACUUGCUAGUACCGCAUGUUUGACAAAUCUUAUGCUUAGGAGCACUGGCGUAGGAACUGAUGAUGCACUACAAUUAACCGAGUCAUUGAUCAGUGGGGCUCAAGAAUCUUUGAAACUUGACUUGUCAUACUGUGGAAUAACAUCAAUUUUCAUUCACAAACUUAAUGUCGAUGUUGGUCUAGUACAUAGCAUUCUUGAACUAAACCUGGGAGGAAAUCCUAUUAUGCAAGAGGGUGGCCGUGCAUUAGCAUCACUGAUUAUGAAUCCUCAAUGUUGUCUAAAAGUUUUGGUACUAAACAAGUGUCAGCUGGGGCUUGCUGGAGUUCUUCAACUAAUCCAGGCACUAGCAGAGAAUGUCACUGUAGAGGAGCUCAAUCUUGCUGAUAAUGCCGAACUGGAUAAACAAUUAGCUCUACGAUAUGACUCGACAGAGAAUUUGAACCCAGAAGUUUUACAGCCCAAACUCAAUACAUCUGAACUUUCAGUCAAGAGGUGCGUGUCCAUGGAAGCCGACCCUGAUAUACAGGGUUCAUGUCAAAUGAACACCGACUACAAUAACCUUGAAGUUGCUGAUAGUGAAGACUUGGACGAUCAGAACAGAGUAGAAAAUGCUGCAUCUGCAUUUGAUGACAGUUGCACAAGCCCAUGUCAAAAGAAUUCAUCUCUGGAGUGUCAAUUCGUUCAAGAGCUCUCAACCGCAAUUAGCAUGGCAAAGCAGUUGCAGCAGUUGGAUCUCAGCAACAACGGUUUCUCAACACAAGCUGCUGAAACAUUAUAUUCCGCUUGGUCAUCUAGAUUAGGAGUUGCAAAUGCCUGGAAGCACAUUAAGAAUCAGACAAUCCAUUUAUCAGUCGAAGAAAACAAGUGCUGCAGAGUAAAACCCUGCUGCAGAAAGGAAUUGACUUAAGAUUGCUACCAGAAUCUUUCUUCUUUUAAGCUAAUUUUGCAACUGCAAUUAGUAACAGGAUUAUAGCAUAUUAUUAUUCAAUCAGCAUUGCCGUGGAACCGCGAUGACUGGUAAUACCUCUUAGCCAUGUUUUCAUCAUAUUUUACUCUGAUUGUUUGACUAGCAAUUUGUAUAGUAUUA